CCGAUCAAUAUCUCUGCAGGUGCUGACUUGACUACAGAGAUAUUGAUCGGUAAAUCUGCACCCUACCGUCUGGCUCAUGAGGGCGGCUGAGCUGCCAAACGCGCCCUACCGCUCUGCAGGCGCCGGGUACUACUCCAACGGCUACCCGUCCGCAACGCUGGCCUACGAGGACCCGCUGGCGGCCGGGCGGAGGGCGCACGAGUUCCCGGCGCCGCUCAACGGGCUGGAGCUGCAGCCGUCGGAGGCGUGCCCCAAGAACUACGUCAUCUUCGACCAGACAUGCACCAAGAGCCGGGUCACGUUCCACCCCACCCUGGCGCACAAGCUCGUGGGGUCCUCCUCCUCGGGCCACGACGGCACCUACCGCCACGGCGCGGUCGGCGCGCAAGACGCCGGCUGCCCGGGGCGGCAGGAGGAGGACGCGGAGGAGAUCGACGCACUGCUGAGCUCGGAUGACGGCGGGGACGACGACGACGUGGUGAGCACGGGCCGCACCCCGGGCGGCUACCCGGACGACGACGGGAGCUCCCCGGACACGGCGUGCUCGUCCAGCCGCAUCGGCGGCGGCAAGCCGCGCAAGAAGGAGCGGGUGAGCAAGAUGAUGCGGACGCUUAGGGGGAUCGUCCCCAGCGGCAACCAGAUGGACACGCCGGCCGUGCUGGGCGGGGCCGUCCGCUACCUCAAGUCGCUCAAGGUGGAGGCCAAGAAGCUCGGCGUGCGCGGCGGCUCGGACAGCUGAUCGAGUACUGAGUACCGCUGCUUGGCAUCGAUUGGCAAGCAACAGCUCCCAAUCGAUGGCAUCGGCGGCGGCAGCAGCAGCAGCGGCCAUGAUCUGGCCCAACUCUUUUUGUGCACUCUACUUUUGGCCACGGGCUCUGUCCAUGAUGAGAGCAUGGGGCAGGGACUCGAGGCUGUCUAGCUAGUGAGUGAUUCGCUCUGGUCCUAGUGGGGAGAGAUGAUGAAGUGGCCGGAAUCGAAUCAAGUGGGGGACUGCACUGAGCAUGGCAUGGCAGGAGAUGCAUCGAAUCGAAGGCACGCUUGGCUUCUUGCUCGAUGGCUUGCCGUCUGGUCUCGCUGCCAUGCUUCCCUUCUUCCUCUCACCCUCUGCUGCUAGUCCCUGCCUGGACGUGGGGCUUUAGUGGUGGUUGGGUCCCCUCCUCUCUCCGGCCUAUAAGCCCCAGGUCUCGUGGCUUUGCUUUUCAGUUGCCGCUGCUGCUAGCUGCUUCUGCUUUUGUCUUGUUUCAUUUCAUCUAUCGAUAUAUCC